UGCCUCGGGGGAGGAGGAGGGGGAGGAAUCCGCUUCCCCGGAGCUCGGGAGACUUUGUUUCACAUGCCUCCCGGCUGCACGUCUGCGUGUCCGUAGUGGCACCAGCGCGUCUCUCUCCCCCCGGGCAGCAUGGCCGCGCGGGUACGGUGCUCCUUGUCUUCGCGGUGGAGCAGGGACAGAAGGGACAGGAGGGACAGGAGGGACAGGAGGGACGCAGGUGUGGGGGAGGCGGCUCCUUCUAGGUCGCUUAAUGCACGCCGAGUGGCACCGUCGCGCCGGAUGGAGACCGGUUUCUUUGUGUCAAGUCGCACAAGUAGCAGUGUCAUCGUUCCACUGCGACCUCACUUUAAUCAGUGAAUUGAGAUCACAUGCCUGCAGGCUUAUGCUGUUUGCCGCUAAAUGACCUGCGCCGGCGAUGGAUUUGUAACGGGGAUUUAAUGUAAAAGUCCAAUAAAUAUAGAGACAUUUGAGCCAUACAACCAAUGGGCCUAUAGUUAUAUCACUGUAAUGAAAAGUGAAAACACACGUAGUUCAUAUUAUAGUCGCAUAUGUUGUGAAUACUCAUCGUUCGUUUUAUAUUUGUGCCAGUCUUAAAAGAGCCUUAGCUCACGUGUUUAUCGUUAACGAACCGGCGCUAACUUCCAUGGAGCUAACAGGGCCCGUAAAAUAACAGUAAUAACUUUAUUAUUAGGGGGCUGCUCCCUUGUUCAGACGGGCGUGUUCAGGGGAUUUCGCACAUGUGUGUUUUUUCGCCUUGUAACUGUUGGCAUGAAUGCACACCCAAACGCAUCCUCCAGGUUAUCGACCAUCAGAUCUGGGUGUUUAAAGGAGUCCAUGCAGUGAAGUUGCCGCGCCCUCGUACGCACGCGUCUUGCACGCACGCAAGCACGCAGCAUUGGUACACACACACACACACACACACACACACACACACACACACACACACACACAAUACAUCACAUCAUUACUACCGUGGUGUAAGGGAGGGGGCACAUCCUGGAGAUGGAUUCUUUGUUAUUGUUUAAUAGAUAAUCACUGAUGGCAAAUAAUCGUAAUCAGUUCAAUUUCCGUUUUCAUUCUGUAUCACCUUUUCUGUAAUUCUUUGGAUGUGAGCAACCUUUGGGGUUGUGACUAAAAGCCCGAACUGAUUGAGUCUAGACACAGACACAAUUCUUCAUCAAUAUUGAUUCAUGCGUUCAAUCCUUCAAAUGUACCAAGAGGACGUAUUAGUGCUGUUUUAACUCUGCCGGGAAUACAAUUCUGAAUACUGAAUCAAUUAAUCCUGUUUUUCUGUAACGGAUUCCAAUUUGAAUCUACUGAAAUCAGAAAUACAUCAAAGAGUAUAACAUAUGAGGAGUUUAAUUGAAACUGGUUUUAUCAUUUCAUAUAUAGGAGUAUAAUAGGUAAACAAGGCAAAAGAGUUAAAAGUGUAGUAGGUUGCAUCACUGAAGCGUAAAAAGAAAAAAAUGAAUAAAUUGUGCAGUAUAAAAUGUGCAGCCCGUAAUCAUCUGGCGACCCCUUGAAUUCCUCUCAGGACCCUCUUUGGGGUUGUGAUCGCCAGGUUGGAAAGCACUGAGGUCUUGUAGAGCUAUUUUCCAUGAAUAAAAGUAACACACUUCAACUUUCUUGGUUCAUAGUUUUCAUCCCCUGUGAUUCUUUCGCUAUAGCUCUGUAUUGAGUGAGCGACAUUAUAAGUGGCUUUAAGCCGCUUUAGUCCUUUCCAUACAAUGGCCUUAUUGACCCAUGUCCGCCUCAGCCUGUAUCUGUCCACCACGACGUCAGCGUGCACGGAGACGUCAGGCCUCAGGCCGCGACUGACACGGUCUUGUGGGUGAUGUCAGUCACAGCCUGACAGACUGGCCACAGGGCAGCAUCACUCAUAUUCUAUCUCUGCCAGACUAACUACACUUCAGUCACGAUGAGAGCUAUAGUCAUGUCUUCCAACUCAGCAACGGUCCGGAUCCUGAUAAAAGGCGGCAAGGUGGUGAACGACGACUGCACCCAGGAGGCCGAUGUCUACAUCGAGAACGGCAUCAUCCAGCAGGUGGGAAAGGAGCUGAUGAUCCCAGGUGGAGCCAAAGUGAUAGACGCCUCGGGAAAACUGGUCCUCCCGGGGGGCAUCGACACCAGCGUCCACCUGGAGGAGAGCUUCAUGAACGCCACCACGGCAGACGACUUCUACAGCGGCACCAAGGCUGCGCUAGCUGGAGGUACAACAAUGGUGAUGGGACACAUUCUGCCAGAGAAGGAUGAGUCUCUGCUGGACGCCUACGAGAAGUGCCGGCGCUCGGCGGACCCCAAAGCAUGCUGCGACUACGCUCUGCACGUGGGCGUUACCUGGUGGGGACCCAAGGUGCGAGCUGAGAUGGAGAAGCUGGUGAGGGAGAACGGAGUGAAUUCCUUCCAGAUGUUCAUGGCCUAUAAGGACAUGUUCAUGCUGAGGGACAGCGAGCUCUUCCAGGCGCUGCAGCACUGUAAGGACAUCGGAGCUAUAGCAAGAGUCCAUGCUGAAAAUGGAGAACUGGUGGCAGAGGGUGCAAAAGAAGCUUUGGACCUGGGCAUCAUUGGACCAGAGGGGAUUGAAAUCAGCAGGCCCGAAGAGUUGGAAGCAGAGGCCACCCACAGGGCCAUUACCAUCGCCAACAGGGCCCACUGCCCAAUCUACCUGGUCAAUGUCUCCAGUAUGUCUGCAGGAGAUGUCGUAGCUACAGCCAAGAUGCAGGGUAAAGUGGUGCAAGGUGAAACAACCACAGCCCACGCCGUGCUGAACGGUAUGCAGUACUACCAUCAGGACUGGGCCCAUGCUGCUGCCCACGUCACUGUGCCCCCUCUGCGGCUGGACCCCAUGACUCCCAAUUUCCUAAUGAGCCUGCUGGGGAAUGACACUCUGAACGUUGUGGGGUCCGACCACCGUCCGUUCACCAUCAAGCAGAGGGCCAUGGGCAAGGAUGACUUCACCAAGAUCCCCCACGGGCUUCCAGGCAUUCAGGAUCGCAUGAGCGUCAUCUGGGAGAAAGGAGUGGUUGGAGGGAAGAUGGAUGAGAAUCGCUUUGUUGCAGUCACAAGCUCAAAUGCAGCAAAGAUCUACAACCUCUACCCCAGGAAAGGGAGGAUCAUCCCAGGAGCAGAUGCCGAUGUGGUGGUCUGGGACCCCGAGGGAUCCAAGACCAUUUCUGUGGACAACCAAUUCCAGGGAGGAGACUACAACCUGUACGAAGGUCUCCGUUGUCAUGGCGUUCCCCUGGUCACCAUCAGCCGUGGCCGUCUGGUCUAUGAGAAUGGCAUGUUCACGUGUGCUGAGGGCUCUGGAAAGUUUUGCCCUCUGAGGACCUUCCCAGAUUACCUUUACAAGAAGAUGGUUCAGAGGGAAAAGUGCCAGGCUGUGAAGGCUGUCGAACGGGAACCCUACACAGGGGAAGUUGUAGCGGUGCUCAACUCAGGGAAGAGGGAUCUGGGGGUUUCAGAUCUGGACACUCCGACGCGCCCCUGCACCCGGCACGGGGGAUUGAGGGACCUCCAAGAGUCCAGCUUCAGCCUGUCUGGUGCCCAGAUCGACGACAACCUUCCUAAGAGAUCCUCAGCAAGGAUCCUCGCUCCCCCUGGAGGGAGAUCCAGCGGGAUUUGGUAACCAAUCAGAGGGCCCUCACGUGAAGCGGAAGAAUGACACCCGAGGGAUACAGAUGGCCGAGCAAGAUGACUUGUCUUUCUCUCUGGAAGCUUAGAAUAUGUGUAGGGUUGAUUGAGUCAUUUUUUAUUUUGACCUCAGCACAGUUACAUAGGAUUGUAAAACGGUAAACUCUAUAACAUUUGCUGUAAUAUUGUGGGUGUAUUUAUUAAGGAAAACUAUUGCUAUGUGGUUAUUGCUACCAAAUUUCGGUCAAACGUUAACCAAAUUUAAGCAGCAAAUGAAAGAUGGGUUGCCAAUGAAUAACUUUGGCUGUUGGAUCACGUUAGGGGAAACGUCUUACUGGUACUUUUAGGAUUUUGAAGGUGAGUCGUGGUUUUUAUGAUGCGAUUGUGUUACCUCACUGUAAAAAAAUCAAUUUUGCACUUAUAUCAUGUACUAUUUAGAUGCCUUUUUUUCAUGAUUUAAUGUCACAAAUAUCACAAAUGUCUUUUUGACACAAGCCAUGGAAAAUGAAAUGUGAUACGUUAUUAGCAGGGUGUGGGCAAGCCAAUAAUAUGUUAAAAAAACAUAGUUGACCAACUGAUGACAAAUAUCAUAAUGCAAACUAACCUUUUAUAUGUGUUUAUUUAUUUAUUUAUAUUGCAUUUCUUGUGCUGUUUUCCCUCGACGCUACUGUGUUAGAAACAUGUCCUGAGUAAGAAUGAGGUCUUUGUUCAGUAGUUUCAGAUCAUGUUUACAGCCUUACAGCAGAAUAGACUUCUGUUCCACCCCCACCCAAUGUGAAUGAGCCUGCGCUGUGUGUACUGUGCAUGGUAGCAUAUUUAGACCUAGUGUAAGAAGCACUAAUGUUGCUCAUGUUACGCAGCAUUUUUUGUGAUCAUAUCCAUUUUCCACAGAGAGCAAAAAGUCUCACCCUAACUGCCUUUUUCUCACCCGAGAACACCGACACACACACGGACACGUCGACCCACACUGCCGGCACAGAUCAUGACGUGUUGAACAAUGUUGUUUAUUUGAGGCCCCUUUUAACUGGUGUCAAACGGCAGAGUUCAAAAGUUACGCUGACUCAAACACACGUGAUUGGAGGAGGUGAAAUGAUCCUCUGCAGCAUUCACACAGCUGAUGUUUAAUGCCAUUUCUUGAGGGGGGUCAAAUUCCUUCACACUGUACGCCACUGAAUCUGUACUCUGUACUCUGCAUCAUAACAGGAAGGCAUGCUUGCUACAGAAGAGCAUGCGUACAAUUUUGUUUUAGUUACAUCAUUCUUGUGAAUAAUUGUCUAAGUCAUUAAUUUUGUUUUGUUAUUGUCAAAACAGAUGCACAAAGGAUUUCUUUUAAACGUUUGGACUUAUGGAGUUCAAAAGAUUAUCCCGUGACAGUAAAAGUCCUACAUCCUUGUUUGUUUGUUGGGUAAGAUUUCACUUCUACAAGCUGCAGUGAAUGUCCUCCUCCUCCCAAAUGUACACUGGUGCUGAACAAUGUGUCGUCACAUUGACUUCCUUUAUCUCUUAUUUCUUCUUGCAGCUCUUUAUCACAUGAUUUGAGUGCAAAUAAACCACAAUGAAAUCUCCAA